AUGGCCGCGGCAUCCUCCCCCGACACGCUGGCGCGUCGGCUGCGGAAGUCCAUCUGCUGCGGGUGGAGCCACUCGAGGCGGGUCGAGGAACCCACACAGGGCAAGUCCUCACCGGGACAAAGGGAGCCGAGCACUGACGACGCAGAGCUUACAGGCUACUUCACCCACCGAUACCUGGCAGGCAGGUGGUUCGACGGUGGCAGGGACUACCUCUUGUCACGUCUGGACCAGAUUCAAACCUUCCAGUACAACGCUGCAGAUGGCGCAGUGCAGGUUUGGCAGUAUGCUUUUGACCUGAGAAGCUUCAGCAAGCGCCCAGAAGACGUCAUCGUACUUUACCACUACACCGACGAGCUUGGUUUCCACAACAUUGGGAACGUGGAGCAGAUGACGGCAGAGCUCUUCGCAUCCCUCGAAGACCGGCGAGCGCAUUUUGGCAAGGGCAUUUAUGCCUCUCGACACGAGCCUGCAGUCUGGGGAACACGCCUCCGCAUUCUUAUGAACGCCUACAGCAACGAUGACCCGCUGAGCUUCGAUCCAGAAGAAGCAGAGCCUCAGCGAGUGUCUCGCGAAUGGGGCAGCACGAGGCCACAGGGCCACCGUGCGGCCUUUUGCAUUCCCCUGAUCGUGCCGAAGGAUAUGGCCUACAACAUCUUCGAGCGGCAUACGCCAGACAUGGCUGUCAAGCGAGUGAUGGGCGUUGGCGGCGGGGAUCGGCCCAUUCAGCUCGGUGAAGAUUACAAGGGUCGCCCGGUGCACCGCAAUCGUGAUGUUUGGGUCAUUCGCAUCCCCAAUGACCAUGGCGAGGCCCAGCACGCAACUGCAACGGCAGACAGCCUUCUGGAUGUGCUGCAGCUGCAGUUGAGAAACAUGCGGCGCGAGCUCGGGAGCCAGCACCUCAUGACACUCGGCUGCAUGACGGUCUUGGCAAGGAGGCUCCAGGGCCAACACAGGCACGAAGAAGCCGAGCGGCUCUACAGGGAGGCCCUGGAAGGAUACAAGAGCUCCCGAGGUGAGUUCCAUCAGCGCGAAGCAACGACGCUGUUGAUCAAUCUGUCACUGAUCCUGAAGCAGCAGCACAAGCUCGAGGAGGCGGAGGAGAUGCACCGCGCGGCCCUCCAGCAGUCCCGAAUCGUCCUAGGCGACCACCAUAUCAAUACCUUGACCUGCAUUAGCAACCUCGCAAUUUUGCUUUCAGCAAGUGGCCGAGACGAGGAGGCAGCAGUGCUGCAUGACGAAUGUUUGGAGCAGCGCAGGGCAAAGCUUGGCGACGAUCAUCCACACACCCUGAUCAGCAUGAGACAUCUCUCAGAUGUGUGGCGGGCGCUGGGCAGGCUCCAGGAGGCGGAAGUCAUGGCACGCGCGUGCCUUCAGUUGACGGCUGCCAAGUUGGGGAAGUCGCACCCGGAAACGCUGAAGAGCACCGUUUUGUUGGCCAGCUUGCUAAGCGAUCAGGGUAAGUACGAGGAGGCAGAGCCAAUGCUUCGCGAGGCCACAAGCACUUACCAGGCCAAACUUGGCAAGGCGAACCCAAAUUCUUUGUUCAGCCUCUCCACUCUGGCAUUCUGCCUGCAGAAGAAUGGAAAGCUUGUUGCGGCAGAGGUACUCACUCGUGAGUCCCUGGAGUUGCAAAGGACCAUUAACGGGUUCGAGUGCACGGGCGCGAUCGUUGAGGUGAACAACCUGGCAGAGGUCCUGCGCAAGAAGGGUGAGCUCGGGGAAGCAUCGCCGCUUCACCGCGAGGCUUUGGGAAAGGCUCGGGCCCUGCUGGGUGAGUCGCAUCAGCUGACGAUGACUUUUCUGAGCAAUCGCGCAAAGCUGCUGCAUGACCAGGGCAACUUGGAGGAAGCGGAGCGGCUGCAGCGCAAGUCUCUGGAGCAACGCCGCGUGAAGCUGGGAGAGUCCCACGUCGACACGGCUGCCAGCAUGCACGAGCUCGGACGGCAUCAGCAGGCGCGGGGCCACCUGGAGGAGGCGGUGUCUCUCCUUCGCCAGGCUCGGGAGAAGCGGCGGGAGCAGCUGGGUGCAAAGCAUCCGGACACGCUCCUCAGCACGCGGCACUUGGCCGCUGCGUUGGACCUGUGGGGUGAGCCGAAGGAAGCCGGCCGGCUUCGCCAGGAGCUGGAGUCUCAGCCAGCUUUGGGAUUCAAAGGGGUUGGCUUGGAGUGCAGCCUCCAGCAGCUGAAAUGCGCCGGAGCCUGA